AUGACGUCCCAUCGUCUCAUCUUUGGCCGUAAUGUCAUUCAAGUACCUCUGAAACAUCCUAUGACGAAUGAUUUCGUCAUCUUGGUAUUGUCUCAGCUUGAGUUUGAUACAAUGGCAGUGCAUGUGCCACAGUAUGAGUCGUUGUCGCCUGAAGAGCUUCAGGAACGGAUUACGCAGGUUUUGAAAGAACUAGAGAUCAAGAAACGUCCAACGUGCUUGGACGAUUGCAGCUCCAGUACAUUCAAUGCACACUAUGCAACGGACGAUGUAGCUCUUGACUCUCUCUCUGCUUUCCAGAGUCGACUUAUGGAGCUUGAAUACGAGCGGAAGAGAUUGCACACGAAGCUUAAAGGAUCUAAAGCUUUGCAGAUUCGUCUGACAGAGGAGAAUGCUGCUUUAAGAGUACAGGUUGAGCAGCAGGCGAUUCAUAUGGAGGAAGUAGUGCAGGAGAAUGAGUUGUUGAGAGACCAGGCUUUACAUUUUGGUGGAAAUGUAGCAAAGUGGAAACGUGUGGCAGUCACAACGCUGCGUAAGCUGACAGCGUUAAAACAAGAGCUGCAAGUGGUGAGACAACAGGUGAAGAGUGGUCACGACGAAAUGGCGUUGAUGGUAGAAAGUGCGAUGACGAUAGUAGUGGAAGAUGUCAAUAGGCGAGAACAGGUGCUGCAGCAGAGUUUUUUGGCAGAGAAGAGGGAAAAGGAAGCGAUAGCUGAAAAGUAUUACGAUUUGUCUGGAAGGAUUCGAGUGUUUUGUCGUUUACGACCACGGAAAGAGAGUAGAGAGGAGACAAAGUGUCCGGCAUUACUGAUGCCACGCCCGAAUAAUUUAUUGGUAUCACACUCUGGGAAGGAGUUUGCCUUUGAUAAGGUCUUUGGGCCACAAAGUACACAGUCAGAAGUGUACGCGCAGAUUGAACCACUGAUUGUGUCAUUCACAGAUGGAUAUAAUGCGUGCAUUAUGGCGUACGGGCAGACUGGAACAGGUAAGACCCACACGAUGGUUGGUAAUGGACAAGGCUUACUGGAACACAGCGCUAGUGGGCUCACGCUGCAUGCCAAUGCUGGCGUGAUUCCACGUGCUCUCCAGCAUGUGUUUGCCAUGGUAAAGAAGCGGCAAAUGACGUAUGUAGAUUCACUUCGAGUGAGCAUGGUAGAGAUCUACAACGAUCAGAUUUUAGAUUUGCUGCAUGAGAAUAAUACCAAAGGUGGCAAGAAUACGGUAGCAAGGAAUGAGACGGAGUUUACAUCACGUGACGUGAGUGACUACGGACAUGUGGAUGCAGUGAUGCGUGAUGGAAAUGCGAAUCGAAAUACUGCAGCUACGAAGAUGAACUUGGAAAGUAGUAGAUCCCAUGCACUGGUGUUCUUGCACCUUAAUAGCCAACACCGUGAGACUAGGGAAGUGCGCAGGAGUACGUUGUGCUUGGUGGAUUUAGCUGGAUCAGAACGAAUAUCGCGUAGUCAAGUGAAAGGGAAUCGCUUGCGCGAAACGCAACACAUUAACAAGUCUCUCGCAGCACUUGGAGAUGUGGUCUACGGGCUACAGCACAAGGCUAAGCAUAUACCGUAUCGCAACUCGAAGCUCACUUAUUUGCUACGUGACAUGAUAUCAGGACAAGCCAAGACAUUGCUGAUGCUACAACUAAGCCCUGACACGGCUGAUGUUGAGGAGACGACUUGCUCUUUGCAGUUUGGCGCUCGUGUUAGCCAGGUGCGGAUGGGUGCUGUGCGUCCUAGUGUUGAAAGCGGCGCAGUUCUGAAACUACAGGAAGAGAAUCGUUCAUUUCGAUCCAAGACGGUAGCAUUAGAGACUCAGCUGAUUGACUUGCAGCAACAAUGCCUGCAGCAAGGAGAAGAAAUACACAAAGCGCAGAGUAGCAAAGAAGCAUUAGAACGGCAAGUACGGCUGCUUGUUGGGUGCCAGCGUGGAGGUAAGGUAGCUGAUGAUCUGGACUUAUGUGAAACUUCACCAUCAGAUCAUUCUCCGUUUCCGACCUCACGACCAACAAGCCCUACUUGUUCCGCAAAAUCAAGUCAAAAUGUUUUGCCCACAGCUUCGGCGCCAUCAGCACGAUCCACACGUUUGGCUCGAUGCUUUCAAUCAUCAGCAGCGCCGUCUCGGCAACCGUACCCUCGACAAUCUUGUCAAGUGUCGUCUUCACCACGACUUACAGGAACAACUUGUGCCCCAAACUCAGCUGUGUCGUCUUCAACCGUCUCUCAGCAUCAAUGCCUCGAAUUGACGAUGGGCCAUGAGGAACGACGUAUGUCGCUAUCAGCCGCUUCCCAAGAUAGAGUUGUGGACUCUGAUAUACGCCGCAAGUCGCUUUCUACGGCAAGUGCUAGCACAAUUGUCGACUAUGACAGCCGGCGUAAAUCAUUGUCAGCACUUCAGACUCGCUCGAUGCUAAAAUUGGCAACACCUCGAUCACUGCGAGCGAAAAGAGCUUCACCAUCAGAGGGUCGAGUACCUUUACAUCCUUCUUCCAGAACGCGGCCAGCAGACUCAAUGGCAUCUUCAGCUUCUCAGAAUACUGUAGCCGGUCGUGUAUCGAGGGCGCAGUCUGCGCAAGCGGUGGGAUCAUCAAGACCUCACACAUUUCUUUCUUCUUCAGCUUCGCCGAGUAAGCUUACACGAACUCUGCAUCGUGCAACUUCGCCUUCAUUGAGGACUUCAUCAAGAAAGUUAUCAAGAACACCAGCCAGAGCCUCUGCAGCAAUACCAAAGACAGGUGGCGAUACGCGUCGCUCCUCUUUGACUCGUAGCUCGCCAUCGUUGUCUUCAGAUGCCUCAACAAGAAGAUCAAUGGCCAGCUUUCACUCAAGCUCGGGAUGGAAAUAA